AUGAACAAUAAACGUGACAUCGAUAACAACAAUCACGAAUCCCAAUUUCGCCCAUGGAACUUGGAAAACUUGAUCGAAUUCUCUGAAGACAGUUACGAAUUAGAAACUACUACUAAAGAUUCGCAGCCUAAAAACAACAACGAUAGUGAAAUAAAUGAGAUCGAUCAAAGAUUUCGUCUAAGGAACUAUAAAAAUUUUAUUGAACUUAUAGAGCAGCAAGGAUCAGAGAACAUAAAAGACAAAUUCGAGACAAAACUUCGCCCAUGGAACUAUAAAAAUCUGGCAAAUAAAGGAGUCAAGCUCGCUCGUCCAAUCUUAACCAAAUUUGAAACGCGAAAGUCCACUGGGGAGUUAGUGUUAAGCGAUGUUUCAAAUAUUGAUUACAACGAUGCAAUCGAAGGCUGGAGAUACGGGUAUGUUCCAAACCAUAAUCCUCGCAAAGGGAUUAUGAUGUCGGUUGCAUGUCAUCCAUACAAAGGCAAAAUUGUGCGAAUUGAUGGUUGUACCCUCGCAGAUAAACAUAUAGAUAUAGAAAAAUUGAUGAGAUUUGAGGAGUUUCUCAAUGAAGAGUUUAUGAAUGCUAUGGUGACCGAUGCUUUAGAACAUGUAUUUUAA